GAUAAAAUGACUGUAAACAAUUUUCAGCGAUUAUAUAAACUCUGCAAUCAUCAUAUUUCACAUUUAGAAUCUAGAGUCUAGAAUAGUCUAGAUCUAGAUUUACCAGUUAAAGGCAGCAUUUGAACGAGCAGUUACAACAUGAUUAAAAACGUGUUUUUGUUUUUCUUUACGAUUACCCAGGUGUUCCAUAGCUGUUUAUGUUAUCCUUUGCAUGCUUCUUGCAACGUCGAUUGGAAUUUUGAGUUGUCGUGCGAAGCAACAAGCCAGAAAAUAAUCAAUCAGAUUGAUGCUUGGAAGGGAGAUAACUGUGGCACUGGGGAGAAGUGCAGAUAUACAUUUAUUAGCUUUGAGAAUUCAGUUCUGAAGGCAACUCAUACUACUCCAGUCAAAAACUAUGUCGAUGAUCUCACCUUUCUGUUCAAGCCUAAAUCAGCCGAUGGCUGUUUGGUCAACGGCAACAGUCGCUCAGAGACAUGGUAUGCUGUGCUGGAUUAUGGAACCAACUACUGUAACCUCCACAAUCUGAUCACUGGAUCUGGUCUCAAUGAGACUGCAGGUUAUAGAGAGGAGACAGAAAAUGGAAGAUGCACUCAAUACUCUUCUGCAAACUGUGAAAAGUAUUAAUUUCUCUAUUUAAGCAUUAGAUUAUUCAUUUUCAUUGGAAUGCCUGUUUACAUUGUUAGCCUGAUGUUUUGCCUUUUGUACAGAUUUAAACAUUUUUUUUUUAAAUUGUACUAAUAUUGAUAUUAAUGCUGUGGCUAAUCUCAUUUAUUUCUUAUUCUUACUAUUUAUGUUUAGUUUUUGCACGACAUGUGCCAAAAACUCAAACUAUGUUUAGUUUUUAACAAAAUAAAAAAUUACAAAAAGAACA